ACAAAUUCUUGCACGAGCCACUGCGCCUGAUUUGAACACUGUCUGCUAUCUGUUUUGUUUUGUAAAAACGUGCUUCUGGUUUGAAAUAAUUCUGAUUUAAUUUAAUCCGCUUAAACUCAUCGAUAAUUUCCCGGAUCAGUGCUAAAUAAUGUCGGAUUGUGUUGAAGUUGCUAUUACCAGUGAUUCUAGUGAUCAAUUAUGGAGCUGUUGCGUUUGGGACGUCCGCACCGGGACACAUCUCAUUUCGUACAAGGGCGGUGGUGCCCCGGGUGCGCACACUUUGGCCACCAUAUCCAAUCAGUACAUUUUAACGGGAAACAUGGUCAAACCAAUGCUGCACAUUUGGCCAAUCAACCGACAUGAGGCAAUCAGUACACGAUUUAUACUUCCUGGGCGACCCACUGCGGUGGCCGUUUCGCCCGACGGUGCCUACUGCGUCGUAGCAGUGCAGGAAACCAUCAACGUCUAUCAGCUGGCCACGGGCGCUAUGUUGGCAACAAUUUCCAGGCACUAUCAAGCAGUCAACGUUCUCCGCUUUACGGAUGAUGGGACUCAUUUCAUAAGCGCCGGACAAGACGGUAUGGUGCUCGUUUGGAGCCUGGCGCAAGUUGUUCGAGUGUUCCAAAAGCAGUCCUUCAAUGCGCUGUAUUCCUUUUCGGAUCAUGCACUUCCGGUUACGGAUUUGUACGUUGGCAAAGGAGGCAUGAAAGCGCUGUUUUGUUCUGUUUCUGCUGAUCGGUCGUGUAAAAUUUACGACUUAUCAUCUGGCUCUAUGCUUCUGAAUUUGGUGUUCCAGGAGCCUCUGUCUUCCGUAACGAUGGACACGCUGGAGUCGAACGUAUUCGUCGGAACAAACGAAGGGCCAAUCUACAGUUUCAGUCUGCUGUCCCCGCCUCGUACAAAAGAGUAUCAUGUGGAUCGCAAACAGCAACAGAAGAAUGUCUUCUUGGGACACAAAAAAGCCGUCACAUGCCUGUCGGUCUCGAUCGACGGGGAAACACUGCUCUCCGGUGGGGCCGACGAAAAUGUCCUUAUGUGGCACACGAAAAGCCGCCAGCAGCUACGAGUCAUUCCCCACAAAGGCACAGUAACAAAUGCCCAAUUUAUGCUGACUCCGAAGGCGAUGUUCGACCAAGAAGUGAAACUGAAUCCCAUAUUCCAGCCGUUCCAGAAAAUGGUCUAUCCUAGCGAAAAGAUCGACGACUUGAUUGUGGAAGUUGACGUGAAGGAAAAUGUGCGCGAUUUUGUUGCCGGCAAAGAAUUGGAUGGUUCGUCCAGAAGUGUAACCAGUGGAUCCGGUCAAUCCAACCAGCAGGACGAAAUUAUCAAGCUUAAGAAAGAGAUACAACACUUGAAGUCGAUCAACAAGGAAAUGUAUGAGUUUACCGUUAAGAAUGUUAUGAACGAUGGUUAAAAUUCUGCUAUACACACAGGUCAUUUGUUGAAUAAAAUCGUUUGCAACGUAAAA